GACUUGGGUACGUGUAUUACAACGGCAAGUGCCAGCGCCCACAAAAGACCCAUUGGACCUGUCAGCUGCUCUGUUUCACCAAGCAGAUAUAAUAACUUACCAGCAAAGCAGAGUAAGCCAAGUGCCUCUGCAUGACACCACCAGCUGAUAACACACAAGAAAAAAUAACCAAUUUAGACUAGAGCCCUGUCUUUUCUCGAGAAGCUGGGAUUUUUGAAGGAGCUAUUCUGAGAUCUGUGCUGCUAGUGAGUGACUGAUCACAUUGUAGACGGAUCGGCCCCUGAGUUCAGAGACUGAGUUGCAAUUGAGUGAAAAAUAGACAACGGAAUCUUGAAGAAUUGCACGGAGGUGCAAGCCAAAUUUUACUCCGGUCGCCAAGUAUCAUUGGUUGGACUGAGAAAUUGCUCAACCAGACCUGUACCAGGACUGGUUAUUUGGGUAUCUCUCUUUGUCAUUGUUGCCUUUUACUGUUACGUUGGUUUCUGUGUUACCUCUCUAGGCCCAGAUGUUCUCAGAUAAUUCACAUUGCCCAGACUGUGGACAACAGUGGUUCCCUAGUUUAGAACUAGGCCACUGGUUGUACCAAACUGAACUUGUUGAAAAUGAAUGUUACCAGGUGUUCUUAGACCGCAUUAACAGAGCUGAUUAUUGCCCUGAAUGUUACCCUGAUAAUCCUGCUAAUAGAAGCCUUGUUCUGCCUUGGUCUUUCCCACUUGAGUGGGCUCCCCAAAAUCUUACCAGAUGGACCUUUGAAAAAGCUUGCCACCCGUUUCUUCUGGGUCCUCCACUGGUUAGAAAAAGGAUACAUGACUCUAGAGUAGCUGGCUUUAACCCUGCAUUGCAGUUAAUCUUGACCAGAACGGACAAAACCUUGAACAAAAAACUUGGCCAAAACAAGUAACUUCUUAAGCAGUCAAAAUCAUGGAGACUCUAGAGUUUGUACUAGUAGCCCAAGGGAGAAUGGGAAAAUGUCUCCUUUCUAAAUCUGAUCUAAACUGUCACUACCUUGGGGAACUGCUUAAAUUGUUGGAUCUAUUCCCAUUGUCUACACAUACUUUGUUCAGCAUGAAUUUAAUCAGUAUUCCAGCCAGGCUGUUCAUCUAGAACCAGUCUAAUCUAUGUUCCCCAUGUUUUGGAAUUAGCUUCCCCAUCCUAAAAAGCUCCACAGCCUUAUUAUGGAUCUAUGACAGGAUAGUCUUGGAGGAGAGGCCCUGUACUGUGUGUACCAUAAUGAUACUUUUAGUGAUAACUUUUGAAACAGGGAAAGCAACUUUGUAGCUGGAUUAUAGAUUAUUCCAGUAAAACAGCUAGAUACUUUGAUUAGAAACUGCAUUGUUCUAAAUUCCACCUCUCAUACAUCAACCAGUGGUAAUACCUACAUACGAUACACAAAAACAUGCAGAAAUGCCACUGUCUUUACUUACUUGACGCCACAUAAACAAAGGCUGUCCUGUUUUAGUGGUGAGUGAACUUAGAAUGUCCUCCCCUGGAAAUGGAAAAGUACUUGUGCUAUGAGAUAGGUGGCAAGGAGUUACCAAGCUUGACUCCACAGACAAGAUGAAUGGUCUAAAGGAAGCGUCUUUCUGAGAACUAAGAAUGUCUUGCUGGACAAUGACCACAUGCUGGCCUUCACUUGAUGAGAAUCAUGGAACUUAGAGUACAGGAGAAAACUUAGAAUAUCUGUUGAAAACAUCUCAGAGGCCACUGAACAAUUUUUAAAUUCCGCCUAAGAUCCUAGAUAAUCUGUUGCUUGUGUAGCAGCUCAACAAUGUUCUAAGGUCCCAGGCUCGCUCUGUUCUUCGCCACUGGGAUCCUUAUCAUGGUGGCUUUUUGUCCUCAUAGUUGUUUCCUCGGUGAGCAUAAGUGUGGCUGUUGCUAUUCAGACAUUUCAUUCCCAAAGGCUGGAAGUAGGAAGCAAAAGCUUUUGCCUUUCAAGUCUGUGUCUUUUAUUUGGGAAAAAAAAUCUUAAAAGUCCCUCACAGAUUUCUUCUUAUGUGUCAUUAGAAAGUACUGGUUCAUAAGCUGGGGGAACCUGGCAAAGGGGAAUGGGGUUAGCAGUGCUUGGGUGGGUAGGGCACAUAGUCUCCCCUAAUAAAAAUCAUGGCCCUUUUAGGAAGGGAGAAGGGAAGAAUGAAUGGCUGUUGGUAUGCAACAAAUCAUGCCUGCCACAUGUGAAACCUAAAGUUAUUUGUUCAUCUGUAUAAAGGAUGUACCCCAGAGAUCUACCCUGUAUCUGCCUUAUGUCUGUUGCAAUGGAAGUUCUCUCCUGUUACUGCGGAAUAAACUGUGUGGACUGCUAAA